AUGAAAUAUAAAUAUUAUAAUGAUAAAAAAUUAUUUUCGAAAACCCUCUCAUCUAUUAGAUCAUCAUUCUACAUUGAUCAUUUUACUAUUCCUCAACCUAUUAACAAGCUUUGUACUCAAGAUUAGUUUAAGAAGUUUAAUAGGACAAAUAUCGAUAGUAUUAAAUCACCUGUAAAUCACUAAUCUUUUCCAAGUGAAGAGGCUGACUAUAAAUUGAAGAAAAUGAAGGUAAGAAAGUGUUCUAUAACACACUUGGGUAGAUUUGAGAUUUUGAUAGUCUUAAAAUAGUUCUAUAAAUAGAUGUCAAAUCAGUCAAUUUGGAAUGAUAGUUAUAUACAGAUUUAGGUUAUAUAGUCCUAAAAAAAAUUGCUUUAAACACUUCAAUCGAGCAUGAGUUUACAACAAUCUUUGAAGAGAGAUUGAAUG